UCUAAAUUCAGCGAAGCUUGUUGCCAUGGUGACGCAGAGAAUAUAAGCGCUCUGCUACUAAGACGGUUAAUCAAAAAAUAGCGUCGUUCCCUGAGACUUUUGAUCACUUCGAAGGCUUAAUUGCAAACAAACAAAAAUGACCAUGAUUCCUCCUGUUGAAUCUUUGCUCAAAUACAACAACCCGGAGCUUGUGAGCGAGGACACCGAGAACGAGAACUCACCAACGCAGCCUGCCAUCUCUGAUCCAGUUCCACCUCCACCCAAAUCCACAAGCCCUUCACCCAGUGCCAUUGAACAGCAAACAGAGGAUAUUCUUAAUUCCAUCCUACCACCAAGAGAAUGGAUGGAGAAUGAUCAGCUGUGGGUACAGCAGGUGUCCAGCACGCCAUGCACUCGGUUAGACAUCAUUCACCUGCAAGAGGAACUGGAUUUCAGACUGCAGCAGAGACAGGCCAGAAAGAAGGGCAUUUGCCCCGUCCGCAGAGAGCUCUACACAGAGUGCUUUGAUGAGCUCAUCAGACAAGUUACCAUCAACUGUGCUGAGAGAGGACUGCUGCUUUUACGAGUGAGAGAUGAGAUUCGCAUGACCAUUGCUGCCUAUCAGACCCUGUAUGAGAACAGUGUGGCCUGUGGCAUGAAGCAAGCUCUGCAGGUUGAGCAACAGAAGACAGACACUGAGAAAAAUAUUGUAGAACUGGUGAAUGAGAGGAGGGAACUGGAAAGACAGGUGAAUGAGCAGAAGGCUAAAUGUGAGGCAAUUGAGAAACGAGAAAAUGACCGGCGACGGGUUGAAGAGAAGAAUCGCACCGAAGAGAUCCAGUGUCUCAACCGCAUUAACCAGCAACUGAAGGCGCAGUUUAAUGCAAUCUUUGCCAAAAAGUAGCUAUAUGUCAUGUAUCAAGGAAGGAACUCUGGACUUCAUUUCCCAGCAGCACUGCACCGUACUACAUCAAUGUCACAUGACCACCUGCACCCAUAUCACUUAAGAGCACUCCUAUACAUAGCCACUGUUUGCACUGCUUCCGUUUGUCUAACUUUACCUUUGUCCCUGUUACCAUGUUUUGUUUCUUAGUGUAUGUUUAGUCUUAGCCACAGUAUUUUGCCUUGUUGUCUUUGUCUUUUGUAGUUUGUUGGGUUAUCUAUUAAAUGUUUGAAAUUCUUUGCAUCCAUCUCCACCUUUGAAUCGUGAACGUAUGACCUAACAAUGGAUGCAGUGGAAUUUUUCAGGGUCCAGGAGUCCCGGUACAAGUGGGAGACUUUUAACUGGGCUGGUACCAUCUCCCACACACUCUCUCCUAUUAUGGAUCUAGUCCAGCAAACAGAGUCAACGGGGAACAUCAGUCAGCCUCCCUGCUUGUCUGAGGACGCCGAUCAGCCUUUCUGCUCGGCUGAAGUCGUUGCUCGGUCAUCCUGCUUCGCUGAGGACGUCGCUCUGCCUCCUUUUUCCGCUAAUGUCGCUCCUCUUCUUUACUGCGCGCCGUAUGUCACUCCCCCUUCCUGCUCCAUGGAGGGUAUCAUUUCCCCCUCGUGCUUCGCAGAGAGCAUUGUUCCUCCCUUUGGCCUCGUGGAGAACCUCACUCCCCUCUCUGGCCUAGUGGAAAUCUUGGAGCUUCCCUCUGGCCUCGCAGAGAACCUCGCUCCCCUCUCUGGCCUUGUGGAGAACCUCGCUCCCCCCACGGAGAGUGGCACGCUCCCUUCUAGCAUCAUGGGGAACAUCGCUUCCCCAUCAGGCUCUGCCUUGAGCCUUGUUCCUCCCGCUGACUGUGCAGUGGCCAUUGCUCUGCAUUCAAGCCGGGCCGGGGAUAUCAUGCCCGAGUCUGCUGACACAGACAACCAAGCUCUGCCUUCCUGUCCAGUUGAGGACGCCGCUCUGCUUACCUGUCCCGCUGAGGACGCCGCUCUGCUUACCUGUCCCGCAGAGGACGUCGCUCUGCUUACCUGUCCCGCAGAGGACGUCGCUCUGCUUUCUUGCUCCGCUGAGGACGCCACUCAGUCUUCUGGUUCAGCUGGGGACAUUUUACCCAGGGGGCCAGGACCGCCAGAGGGACAGAGUGCAUUUUGGCACUCCAGAAGAAGCGCCCUUGGGGGGGUUCUGUCAUGUAUCAAGGAAGGAACUCUGGACAUUUCCCAGCAGCCACUGCACCUUACUACAUCAAUGUCACCAGACCACCUGCACCUGUAUAAUGUUUCUGUUUAACGAGUACUCCUAU